UUAUUGUCUCUUUUACAUUUCUCUUUUGACUAGCAGAAUAAAGCCAUAAAGGCUUGGUGCGCUAGGCUGUGAUCAGAUCCGGUGAUCGAGAUAAGGGCUAGAAUAUCUCAUCUGGCGCUGGCUGCCGUGGACUGCGAGGGGCUAAUUCGGCGCAAAUUGGGCAGGCUCUUUUUCCACCCCCGUCAAUUCAGCACUCUCAGUAGUUAUUUCUCUCGCACCAAUCUAUACACCACAGAGGUUGUAUCAUGUUCAAAAAGUUCUGGAACGAGGUCGGCAAGCGCGUGUGGGUGAAUGAGUACAAGGAUUCAAUGAUGCCGCGGACGACGUUCCGCAGCCCGGCGCCGGUGUCGCAGCCGCCGUACAAGAAGCCCGUGACGGCGGCAUCGGACCUGAGCAAGAACCCGUACUUCAAGCGCGACACCCGACGCAACUAUCCGCGCACAGCCGUGUACACGCAGCAGGAUGUCGGCCACCUUUUGCUGGGUGCGUCGCAGAUCGCCAAGCUGCCGGAGGUUGCGCCUGCGGCAGAGGGUGCUGAGGAGACGGGCGUGCCGAGCGUCGAAGUGAGGGACGUGGCCGAGGCGCUGGCGAAGCUGCAGGAGCCGGUGUUUUCGCAGGAGAAGCUGCCGCCGGUGCCUGGUGCCCCGUACAAGUUCAGAAUCUCGCCAGAGCAGGUUGUGGAGGGCCCUGGCGAGUACUACCCGGUGUACCGUGUCUUUUAGAUGCAGAGGUUGGGAUUCUGCCAUUGCAAUAUCAAGAGUUUCUGUUUCUGUUUCUGUUUUGUGGACAUGUGGUGGUUACAGUAGACAGGUCCAUGUAUUGACUGAUUAUACCAGAGGAUGGCAUGGUGAGAUUUAGCUGCGCUUGGUGAAUAGCCGAGCAACCUCGACGAGGGACGGAGCCCGCAAGCCCAGCACGCGGGCCGACGCGACGCCCACAGCGAACGCGGC